GCGAGCAACAACUACUGACAGAUAUCAGCUGUUCCAGUAAAUAAGGAACCGCAUUUAGGAAUGGAUGUGGUUGAAAAUAUUAUAGAAAAUGGAACAAAUAGCGUCGAAAGUCUCGACGAAGAAACAAAUACAAAUGGAGAUUCAACACAAAUAUCAGAAGGUGAUGAGAAUUGGUAUUAUAUGCCAGAUUCUAUACUUCUCAGUAUUUUUCAAUACCUAACACCAAGAGAACUAGUAACAGCAGGAGAAGUAUGUAGAUCAUGGAACAAAGUAUCGCAAGAUGAAUUUCUUUGGAGAGAUUUAUUCUAUCAAACUUAUAAAAUAGAUUCAGAUAUUGGUAUUAUGCCAGGAAAAACUUCCUGGUUUGAAGAAUUUAAACGUUUAGCAUAUCAUACUCCUUUAAUAGAAACUGAAGUUCUCAAUCAUCAUUCACAUCAAGUAUUGCAUGUUAGUUUUUCGCACAAUGGCAAAAUGUUUGCAACAUGUUCAAAAGAUGGAUACAUUCUUGUAUGGAAAAGUCAACACCCAGUUAAUAUUAUAUAUCUUAAUGACAUGAAAACGUUUAGUUGGAAAUAUACUCAGUUUUCACAGUUUAAUUCUACUGAUACUUUGCUUCUUGUCUCUGGUGUACAUUUUGGUACACCACAUAGUACAUCAGGAGAAAUAGCUGUCUUCAGAGUAGCACCUGGCUUUCAACUUCAAUGUAGAGUAGCAAAUAAGCCAUAUGACAUAUUUGGUACUUGGUAUAGUGAACAUUACCUUUUAAGUGGAAAUUUACAUUGGCUAGCACAUCUGGUUAGUACUAGUGUACUCUGGCUAAAUAAGGCUAAUCAGGAAUCAGCAAGUGAACAUGUGCCCAUCAUGACACAAUUGUUUAGGUUUUAUAAUGGAAAUGCUUCUUCAAUAAGAGCAAUUAUGAUUGCAAAUUGCUUAGCUCCUGCAAUUGAUUCUGAAAGUUCACAAGAUCAACCUUCAUCAUCAAAUAUCAAAGAAGAUAAUGUUCAAAAUCACGUAGCAACAUCUUCAACUAAUAAUUCACCACAGGAAGAACCAGUUGUACUUCAUCAUGUCUCAUCUAGAUUACAAUACAGUACAAUAGAAGGACGUUUUAUGAAUUGGAUAAAACUUGGUGAUGGUUUUGAAUAUGCUAGUCCCAUACAAUACAAUAAGGAAUAUAGACAAGUUGAAAAAGAGAAAACAGUACACGAAACUGAUAGUGAAAGUGAUAGUGAAAAUGAGAAUGAAAAUGAAAAUGAAAAUGAAAACGAAAAUGAAAAUGAAAAUGAAAACGAAAAUGAAAAUGAAAAUGAAAAUCAUCAGUGGAAUGAAGAGAACGAAUCUGCAGAAUCAUCAACAGCAGAAGAGUGUGAUUCUGAUGAAUUAUCUAAUAAUCCAGAGAAAUUUCUAAUUUUUACAACUGGAUCAAAAACAUAUACACCUCAUCAAGUUGGUUUUAAAAGGAUCAAAUUAGUUACCUUUCCAAGAAGAUUAGAUCCAGGACCAUCACUUCGUGAAAGAUUAGCGCAACGAGAAAGAGAACGAGAAAGACAAAACUCAGGAACUUUGUAUACUAAUUGGUUGGAUUAUGAAGCAGUGGCUGAUAGAUUUGACAAAGUAGAUCACUUAAUUGAUUUACAUGGUCAUAUUAUAGGAAUGGGUCUUUCUCCAGAUCACAGAUAUUUAUAUGUCAAUACAAGGCCUUGGCCAAGAGGAUAUGUUAUUACUAAUCCAUUACAACCUCCACCUAUAGCUCAAGAAAUAGAUAUUCACGUAAUUGAUUUAGUAACAUUGAAACAAGUUGGUACAAUGUUAAGGGCACAUAAAGCAUAUACUCCAAAUAAUGAAUGUUUCUUUAUAUUUCUGGAUGUAUGCAACGAAUAUGUGGCAAGUGGUGCUGAAGAUAAACAUGGCUAUCUUUGGGAUAGACAUUAUGGAGUUUGUUUAACCAAAUUCCCUCAUUCUGAUGUUGUCAAUUCUGUAGCUUUCAAUCCUAAAGAUCCCGAGAUGUUAGUUACAACUAGCGAUGAUUAUACAGUCAAGAUAUGGCGCAGUCGAGCCAUGGUAAAAUCCUUAGGUUUAAACGAACAUUCUUUUAAUCGAGGAAUGGAAAUGAACCUACGUAACAUUGAUGUGGAAGACAGAUCAUGGACACCCUAGUCUCAGUGGGAAAUAGUUAUUGGGAGAAAAAUGAGAAUAUAUAUAUUUAUAUUAAUCUUGCUUCUAUUAAUUCUAAAACAAAUGGAAAAGUGCGCUUAGUUGAAUAUUUGCUCACAUAAAACUAUUUAAUAAAGUAAUUUACCAUAGUGGAUUCAUUUUA